UCCAGCCUCACUCGACCUCCCAUCAUGGCCGACGUCGACGAGAGUCAGUUUUCUCUCAUGAGUCUGGAGGAUGAGCUGACCUGCAGCAUCUGUCUGAGUCCCUUUAACUGUCCGGUGACCAUCCCCUGCGGACACAACUUCUGCCAGGACUGCCUCCUCGAAACCUGGAAGGACUCGUACAGCUGCCCUCAGUGUCGGACCCUCUUCGCCACCAAGCCGGAGCUGAAGAAAAACACGGUCCUCAGCACCGUCGUGGAGACCUUCAACUCCAGGCGGAUCUGCCAGGACCACCACAAGCUGAUGGAGUUCUUCUGCAGCCAACAUGGCCGUCCAAUCUGCAGCUUCUGCCUCCAGCAAGCCCACAAAGGCUGCUCCUUCAUGACCCCUGAGGAGCAGAGGAGCCUGAAGGAGUUCGACCUGAGGGGGAAGUUGGGUUUGCUGAUUGGGAAGAUUACAAAGAAUGAGGACAUCCUCUCUCAAAUGAGGGACAUGGAGAACAAGCUAAAGGACUCCGCGACCAACAGGAUGAGAGCUUUGACAGCUGACUAUCAGCAGAUGCGGGAUAUGUUGGCCCGAGAGGAGCGUGACGCUCACAGUGCAGUGGAACAUGAGCUGGAGACUGGUCAGACCAAACUCAGGGGUCUCAUGAAGAAGUUCACUGACAACAUUGAUGGUAUGAGCAAAGCUAAAGAGGAUAUCCACCGCCUGCUGAGUCAGUCCCAAACUCUGGCCUUCCUACAGGCUUCACUUGACCUGCCCCCAGCCACAAACUUUGACCCUCACACCCCUCGAAUCAGCCUGGACUCCAAGAAGGUGAUGGCAACACAGGCCUUUGCUGCUUCCCUGAAGGAGUUUUUGACAGAGAUCCUUAAACAGCCUGUUCAGUCCAGACUGCCACUGCUUAAACCAGAACAAAAAGCACUUCCUGUCUCGGGAAGUACUGGACCUCAGGCACAAUCUGAACUACCAAAAGAGUCUCAAAAGCAGAAAAAACUGCCCAGGUCCCACAGUCCAGGUCGUCCACCCAUCCAGCCAUACUUCCCUGUACCUGUUUAUAUCCCACAUGGAGGCUGGAAUCCAUCCCAUUAUCCACAGGAGCUGCAGUGGGCUUCAGGCCAUCCCCCACUCCCCAGGCCCAACAGUCCAGGUUCUCAAUCCAAAGCAGCUCCAAAGAAGAGACCAAAACAGAAAAAAGCUCCCCUAUCCACUGAAGAAAAUAUGGGAAAUAAGAGUCAAGCCUGUUCAAUUGAAAACCUGCUGGAUCUCAGUGGAAAAGACCUAUCCAGAGGCCGUACUCCUGCAGCCGAAUCCAAAAUGAAACCAGAAACUCUGGGGGACAUUCCCCCAGACAUAACGUCUGCUGAAAAAAGAAGCGAACUUCUGAAAUUUGCAACAGUGCUCACAUUGGAUCGAAAGACGGCCCACAAACGCAUCGCACUGAGUGAGGGCUUCACAAAGGCCUCUGUGUCAGAUGAACACACAGACUACCCUGACUGCCCUGAACGCUUCGCUGUCUGCUCCCAGGUCCUCGCCUCCAAGGGUUUCUCUAGAGGGCGCCACUACUGGGAAGUCAAACUAAGCAGCAACAACUUCAUUGGUAUAGGCUUGGCUUACAGCUGCAUUGACCGCAAAGGUCCCACCAGUCGACUGGGCCGCAAUGCCCAGUCCUGGUGUGUCGAGUGGUUUAACGUCAAGCUGUCAGCUUGGCAUAACAGCAGUGAGACCGUGCUGGCCAAUCCCAAUUCAAAGCGUGUAGGUGUGCUGCUGGAUUGCGAGGAGGGCACUGCAACGUUCUAUAACGUGGCAGACAGGGCAUAUCCCUUCCAUUCCUUUGUGUUUCCCUUUUCUGAAGCAGUGUAUCCAGCUUUCUGGAUUUUCUCAAGUGGCUCGUCCAUUACUUUGUGCAAGAUGCAGGCCUGAGGAGCAUAUGCACACAUAUACAGUCAGCUGAUCUAAUUACUGUCAUUAAUAAUGGGAAAGAAAACUGCUAAUUGUAUUUAGAAAGCCAGUCUUGAAUUUAUUUAAAAAUAUAAUAUAAUAUAUAACCCAACAUUGGUUAAAAUAAUUUUCACAUCAGGAGGCUGACUUGUUAUUACCCCCCCCAGCUUUUGUUUACAUGUUGUCUUUGUUUAAAGCACUAUUCGUGAUUACUGCUAAGUACCCUUCUGUUGGGUCUGCUUUGUACCAAGAAAAUGAGAAUAGAUGGUGGUGGUUAUUCAGCCCUACCUGAGAAUAUUGAUACACAGACAGCUUGAAGUUUUACAACUAAAAGAGAGGUUAGAAGAUUAAGGCACGUCAUAGCUAAUCUCCUUAGCUGUUAGCUAUGCUAGCUGUGAUUUACAGCUGCUGAAUUUGUGGUUAUGUGACCACAAAUAUUACGCUGGCUUCUGAAAACACAGGAAAAGUAAUAAUUCUUGUGUUUUCAAGUCUACAGUCUGCAUCCUAAGACUGUGACGCACUGAAUCACUUCAUGGGGAGUGUGUUUGAAGCUAUAUUAUAUCUUACAUGCAGAAGGAAUAAAAAAAGAAAGCUGGAAGAAGUGGAAGCUGGGUUUCCUUAUGUUGGUUUCAAUUCUGAGAAAUUUCAUCUACUUUCUUCUUUUCUAUAAUUAUAACACACGUAACACACACUGUGCACUGACGGUAUGGCAUGUGUGUGCUAAUGUGUCUCCUGCAUUGUAACUGCAGAUUACUUAUAAUGCGCUGUCGACUGGUUGUGAAUGCGACCGGAUGAAGAAGUGAAUUAAUCUCUUCACUGUCCAGCAUAUGUCAGUACAGUGUUUUCAUCUGAAGACUGCAUUUGAAAAAUGCAUCUUUUGGUGUGUGCUGGAGUAUAGCUGUUAUAGGGCGGGGCGAUAUGACAAACAUCAGGAUUUUUUUCCCCAUAUCAGUCGAUAUCACUAUGUCAUGAUAUGAAUAAUUUCUGGAGACAUUAAAUAUUCCUUUAAAAUGAAUAAUCUCAAAAAAAUGAAAACGACAAACAUUUUAUGGGCUGUAAAUUCAAAGUCCAGCAUGUAACAGCCUAGUCACUGUUGGGUUGUCAUUUCUUUGCUGACACACUCACUGAAGAUUCCUCUUGCCUAUCCUACUUUUGAUACCAAAACAAUAGCAUGCUAACUCAACCUCAUUAAAAUGUACACUCCUAGAAGAUACCAUGUGAUUAGCUGGAAAUAGAUUUGUAUCUGUGAUGUGAUUGGCUGCUCUGUCUGUAGGGUAUGCUGCUUGUAUUUAGUAUUUUUAGGGAGAUGAAUUAAUCUAUUGUUUGUAUCGCCCAGCCCUAUCUGGUCACUUCCUCAACUCUGACUCAGCUGAUGAGAACAGAAGCCACAUAGACUCUGUUCUUAUCAAGUUCUGCUUUUUCUUUGGAUUAUUGCUACAGCAAGGAAAUACUGGGGGAGAGGGAACGGGAUGAACUGCAGCAAUAGUGCUUGGCUAUGUUUGAACCUGGGAUGUCAUGCUUGCAUGGCACGCCCCAUAGAAAUGCAGUGCUAUACUAUUUUAUAUCUAUGGUAGGCACAUUAAACCAACAAGCCAUCAGAAUGCUCUGUUGGCUUUUGAUAAGGUUGUAAGGUAGUAAGAUGUAUAUUAGUUUCACAGGGGUAAAUUAUUGUUUAAUACAAAGUUUACUCCGGUCUGUAAGAUGUUUGCUGAAGCACCCUGAUGACAUACAGUGGCUCAUCUCCUGAUGGGGCACCACUGGAGUCUAUCAGCGGCUGGUCAGUGUGCCUACUGAUCAUUUUCAUUCAGACAUUCCAAGCUCAUUUUGCAGGUGCUAAAAGCUAAAAAAGCUAAAAGCUGAGAAACUGUAUGAGUGUCGAGCAGCAGAGAUCUGUCUACACAACAUACAGCACCGUAACAGUGAGCGUAGCUGUUUGAACAUGGUUCUCGUUGAUCUUUGUGACCGCACUGCAUUUAAGGGGUUCAGAAGACACUGUUGUCUGGAGUAACUUAACUAUUUUUAGGUGACAUGUCAAUAUUUAAAAGUGCAGUACAGCACUGCAUGUACAGUCUGAACCUGGGUAGUGAAAUCUGCUGUUUUCACUAUUUGCCGUUGCUUAUCAUCACAAUGGACAACUGUGGUUUGGGACGUCAUAGUUUGUGAGGCUAUUGAGAGCUUUCCCAUACCAUAAUGAGGGUCUGAGUACUGAUGUUGUGUGAACUGGUUCACUAUUUCUACAGACCUUAAAUAAUAUAUUGGUUCUAUGAUCUAUGCUUAGUAGAAUAAAGGUUUGGUUGUUUGGUUGGCUACUUCUUAUGGCUUCUGUUUCUGGAUUGUAAAAUGUAUCUUAAAUCAACCGUGGACUCCAGUGGCUUGCAGACCUUUUUGUUGAUCCUUGUUUGUGCAGUGCUGAUCUGAAAUGUAGUUCAUUGUUCUUUGCAUCUAAUACUUUCAUGGGACCCAGUACAUUUGAGGAUUUUACUCUGUGCCCUUUGACAACUCUACAUUAAACCAACCCUCUGUGUAAGGCUUCACGUGUGGUGGUUUUGAGUGUACCCAAAAGGAGAUGCAUGGAUUAAAUAUGAACAUAAGAUUGUGUGAUUGUUUCUUAACAAUAAUAUUUAGAAUUAAGACAAUCUGUUGUAUUACAAAUGAACCAGUGAUUGUUGUCAAUAAAAGCUUUUCUCUCUCGGA